AUGCAGACAUCCGAUUGGGUGACCGAGUUAAAUUCCUUAAACAACGAACAUCCACAACUUGAUUGGAAUAACAUAGAAACACCUAUAAAGUUUCUUCAGCAGAUUUGGAACGAGAACGAUGAGACAAAAGCACUGACCACAUUUCGACUAUUUAAUGACGUUGCUGUUCCUGUAAUACUUUUAAGUGAGAAUUCGCAGUUUGUGACAAAAAUGUUUGACGCUUUAAAUCGAUAUCGUUUGGAAGUUUUAAUUGGGAAAGUUCCUUUGUGGUGUCGUGGGAAUCCGACGCCGAUUAACAGCAUUCCACAAAGUGGAGUGAAUCUUCUUCAGAUCAUUACUGAAGCACAAACACUAAUAGUAGUCACUUGGGGUCUUAAAUUGCCACACCUUUUUAAUUAUGCUGGUGACAUGUUGGGACUGACACAAUUUGAUGACAUUUCAUUAACAACGAUGUCUUUGGCUUCACUCUUAGAACUCGAGUUGACGUUCCCAACGUUAUUGAAAGGUGCUAUUAGUUACUUAGAGAAACUCACACGAGCUAUUGGAGUCGAAACCCCCGCACUCACUUUAUAUUCAGUAGUGUUGUCUAAUGCACUCAUUCAAGAGCAAAAUCCAACAGGAGUGGAGUACCCUAAUUACUCACCUAUGCCGUAUUUCAAACAAAAGAUCACACAAACAUCCUUUGUGUCACAAAGCGAUAACAACCCAAGUCAAGUCAAGUUGUUCACAGCUCCACUGUUACAAAAUCCAAUACCUCAAUUUUUCGUGAAUUUGCCAAAACAAGUCAAUGAAACGUCACCGUUCUUGAAACAAUACAUUUCAGUCAUAUUGGAUAACCAACAAAACGCGAAAUAUUGGGACAUAUUACACUUAUCAACACUCUACCCCGUCAUUAUGAGAUGCUCCGCUUUAAGUCCAGAAACCAUUUACUUCCCCAUUUUUAAUUACUUGACUAAUAGCUAUGACCCGUCAAUGCAAUUGUCUUUGUUACAUGUUAUAUCGACGUUCCAAGACCAAAGAAAAUACGAUAAAGUCCGAUACGACAUUGUCAUGCGAUUGCUGGACACCGUCGGCCGCGUCUUAUUAAAAGAGGGAUCUCGACUGUGUGCGCUAUCUUUGUUAAUCAACUUAGCGAAGAGUGACAAUAUGAUUGGAGGGAUCUUAUCGCCAUUUGCAAAACAAUUUUUUGUACCGAACAUCUUGGACACAAAUAGCAUUUUCUUGACAAAGGUGUAUGGGUUACUGAAGUGCACCAAUUUCACACCAAACAACAUCGUCUCGUUCUUACCAUAUAUAUUCAAGAAUGUGACUGUUGUCCCGGGACACUAUUUAUACUGCGGAAUGCUCAUUUAUUUGCUCCAACAGAACCAAAGUGGGUUCUUUGAUAUUGUACUCGACCGUAUUACAUUCAUCGUGAACUCUAAAAUGUUCUUCUCGUUCAAUUCCCUCCCGUUGUAUACCUGUGUCUUCAAAAUAUUUAAGGCGCUGUUGCUGUCUAUUAAUAAAGAAAAUGCUAAUUGUGUCAAUAAAAUCAUUAACUUGUUAGUCGUGUUGAAGGAGAAUAGUAAGAACGCACUUCUUAAAGACUGGGCGCUCUUUUUCUUGAGAUGCAUCCACCACAUGUCUGUGCAGAAAAUGCAGAAGUUGUUGACGCACGGGAACUACCCUCUUGUGGGCACCGACUCGAAACUUUCAUUGAAAACUAAAGACUUUUUGGAGAUAGUGAAUUCGAAGAGUAUGGACCAAGUUGGGAAGGAUGGGAUGGUGGUCAUUAACACACUUAAGCUGCAGAAACUGCUUUCAGAGGACAUAGAGUCGUCGACUGAGAAGGACAGUUUCAUUCACAGCUUGUUAAAUUGUGAAGAAGUCAUUCGUAUUGAUAUGAAAGAGAUUAAUGCGAUGACUGAUGGUGUUGCUGGACGUGGUGGAGUCAUUCGCCUUGACAUCAAACGGCUUCGAAGUGUCAUCAAUAAAGAUGAGGAAGAGGUAGAAAGGAAGAGUAAAGAAGAGAGAGGGGAAGGGGUAGUUGUACUGAAGAGAAUACCGACGAACAAAAUGUCGAUAAUACGAGUCAAUGGAACAGUUUCGAGUGAUGUUGAGACAUUCAUUGACUCGUUGAGUAAAGCGGAAUUCUUUUUAACAAUUCCACUUCAAUUGGAAGUCCAAAAUUCACAUGAUGUGAAUGACGAAUUCUAUGUAGUCCCAUUCUCGUUCUCUGUCCAAAACAACUUCAAGACCGUCAAAACCAAUUGCAUCAAAUACGUCCACCCACUUCUUAAACGCUCUGGAGAUCUGGCAACUAAUAAAAUCGAGUUGGAACUCCCACUCAAUUCUCCACAUCCUUGUGACUUCUCGGUGGAUCCGUAUGUCAUCGUCACGGACUCACAAGCUCAGUUGUGUAGAUUGAGUAUUGUCACAAACAACUUGAGUUUGACCUUCGAUGACUUCAUUAUGGUCCCCCCACACAUCGACGAGUUGAAAUCAAAAGACACUGCAAAUCAGUUAUACGAGCUUUUGUGGAACAAAUUGGCUUAUAAAGCAAACGUUCCUCUUGAUGUCAAUUUCGAGACCAUCACCGCGUCCAUCGCGAAGGCGUCGUUAGUCGAAGGCGUUGUGAAAAAAGACGACAAAGAAAUUCGAAUGCUCUUUGUUCUUGCGCCAUACUCCUUCCUCCUCUUUAAAAUCACUCCAACACAGAUCAAGAGCAUUUCAUUAGUCGAAGUGGUCACCGAUUAUUUGGACGCACUCGACUACGUCAAUUCGGAAUUCUGCAUGAAGCACUUCUCAUUGGACUAA